AUGCGAUCAAAAUCAAACAUUUCUUGAGAAUAUUGUAAAUAUUAUGGAAGAUUCAAUUUUGCUAUUAUGAUAUUUAGACCAAAUAGAUAUAGUUUUUAUUUUUUGGAAGUUGGUAGCCAUUUUUUCGAGUCUACAAAAUUUCGAGCUUGAUGGAAAAACUCGCUCUCAGUUUCUAAGUGAAGUUUAAGUCAGUUAUUUACUUCAGUCACUGCCAGUAUUUUAUCGUUUCCCGCCAGUUAUGAACGUGAAAGAAAGUCUAAAAAUUACAUUCAAGUAAUUAUCUACACAUUCGCUAAUAUUCUAAUAAAUAAAAAUGGAUAUUAACAAGAAGAUUUCCGAAUGGUGCCAUGCUAUCACAGCAGGAAAUUUAAAAGGCAUUGCAUCUGACUUAAGGAAAGUAGCUUAUCAACAUCAAUCAAGUCAAUUGGAUCACUCUUUAAUAAAAUUACUUAUCCGUGUGUGUCGCUUUGCAAGUGAUUGUGAUACAUCAAAUAAUACUGUGGGCAUGGAUAUAUUUGAUAUCACUGAAGCAGCAUGUUCAGCUUUAAGAACUAUGCCAGUGCCAGAUAAUUUUUUCUCGGCAAUAUAUCACGUUAUCAAAACAUUAUUAAAGAUGAAAUUAUAUCAAGAAGCUCAAGAAUUGAGUAAGUUCAUUUCUUCAGGGACACUUUGGAGUAAAGCAAGCUCAAAUAUCACUAAAAAUUAUAAUCAAUUUUUUUGGAUGUGGUAUGAUAAUGUUAAAUUAUUACUAGAUAAUUUUUCUCCAAACAAUUUAAUGCAGAUUGAAGUCAUACUAGAUUUGAUACAAUUUAAUUUAAAUAUGGGAACAUCAAUGAAGAUAGAUAAUCAUGCCAAUUUUAUUUCAAUUUUGAAAAAUUAUUAUAUCAAAAUAAAAGCACUUGAUGACGGAAAAUAUGAGAAAAAAAUUCAUAUGAUUACUUUAGAUAUUUUUUCUCGCGCUGAUAUUUAUUUAACUGAGGAUGAUAAAUUUAAAACAUUUCAAGACAUCAUAUGUCUAAUAAGUGAAAUGAUUCAAAACAGAAUAACAGAAAAGGAUAUCUUAUCGAUCAGCCGUGAAAUUACUUCAAUUCUGGAUGUGUUCAAAAAAUGCAUGAAGACAAAUGCAAUAUGUUACCUUUACUUCAAACUCAUAUAUCAAAGUUAUACAAUGUUUACAAAGCCCGUUUGUGAACUAACUAAAGAAUGCUCGACAAAAAUUUUAAUAAACAACAUUAAAUCAACUUUGCAAAAAUACGGAUUCAAUUGUGGAAUUUAUAUGACGUUGUGUCUCAUCAGUAAAUUUAUAGCUCAAGUAAUAAAUUAUUGGGUACAGGAUUUAGAAUUAAAUUAUACUUAUAAUAUCGUGGCUUAUCAUACACUUCAUAUGAUUUCACUAACAAACGCUUUAAGUAAUUUAUUCUCUGAUUUUGACAAAGAUUGUUCGUGUCAGCCACUUUGUGGUUUGAAAAAGGACCUCUACAACAAUGUGUACUUGAAAAUACAACCUCUGGCAAUUAUACGAAAUUUAGGAAAUUAUUCAGAAUCUAGCUUGUCAAAGGAAUUACGUGAUGCUACAAUUAAUAUUGUGAAAGAGGUUAUUUCAAUAAUCAUUCAUAUAAAAGAGAAUUCUUGUGAAUUUUGGUUACCACUUUGGAGUGCGUUAGAAUCUCGUAUGUUAGUUAUUGCAGGAAACACUGAAAAAAUUGAUUGUGAUUUUAGUUGCUUGAUGUACAAAAUGUUAUCUUCAAGUAUUAAUCGUUUAAAAGCCAUGAAUCCAUCAAAUGAAAAAUUAAAAAAUUCUUGUGAAACAAUAUUGCCAUCAGCAUUGCACAGAAUAUCCGUUUGUAUGUAUUUAGCCAAACGAUAUCACGAAUCUAUGAUUGCGUCUUCAUUGAAUGCAUUUUUUGGCUACAAAAAUUCUGAAUGUAAAGCCUUUCGGAUGUGGGCAAAUGUUAAAUCUCUAGAUCCAAGUGUACAAGAUAUAACUAUUUUCCAGUUCCUACAGUCCAAUAUGAAAGAGUAUGAUGAUUUUGGUAUAAAAAUUAACAUUAAACUCUUGACUACUUUGGACAAAGAAUUAAUGUGUUUGAAAGAAAUAAAAGGCCUUCAAAAUCAUGCUAGUAAUUUAUCUUCAUCAAUAAUUGCUGUACUAGACUUUAUGGAGUUGAUGAAUAUGACUCCUAUAUCGUACAUUAAAGGUGUUGUAUUAUUGGGAUGUGAUUUACUCAAUUAUAGAUCCGAUUUAUCAAUUCAAAGUUACAUCAAAAAAUCAAUAGCUUAUUUAGCAAAGAUGGAAUUAACAGCUAGUCAUGAAUUGUUAAUUUCACACUUGAAUUUUUUCAAAUUUAUUGAAACACUUCGAGAAAUUCAAAAUAUAACAAAAAAAGAAAUGGAAAGUUCCAAAAUACGAUUGUAUGCUUCAAAGGAAGUUAAAAUUACUGAUCCAGCAAUGAAUGUUGUGCCAACUUAUAACUUAAUUAAUUUAAAAACUUCAAAGGAUGUUUCUGUACAACUUGAAAAAGUUAUACAUAUAUGGAUAGAGUGUUUCAACAAAGGAGUCUUUAAGAGCAAUGAUGAAUUUAUAGAUGUAAAUACUUCUCUAACAAUUGUUAAAACUGCUGCAGAGUAUGCUAGUUUUUAUAAAUACAACAAAUUAGAAAUUAAAGCUUGGAAAUUAGCAUUUAAUUUGGCAGAAAUCGCUCAAAAUCAUCAGGCCAUAAUUUACAUUACUGGUCGUAGUAUUGCAUCUUGUAUGAUGAAAAGUCAAUGGAUAGAAAAAGCUUUUGAGUCUAUAAGUUAUUUAAAAAAUUCUAAUGAAAAAAACGAUACUCGAACUAUAAUUAUUUUUAAAUUAAAUUUAUGUAAUUAUUAUUUUCACAGUGGGAAAAUCCAAGAGGCAAAACACUGUUUAGAUGAAAUCAUGUCUAUGACUGAAAUGAAAUUUGCUCUUGCUAAUUUUCCAACAUACUUAAUGAGCUUGGAUAUAUUGCUAUCACAUGGAUUGAAUUACCAAGAAGAUAACACGUUAAUUAAAUAUUCUGAAACUCUUAUAAAAGGAUUAUAUACAGUAUUAAUUAUUGAAGAUAAUUCAGAUUUAAAUAUUCCACAUGAUCAACAAUUAUUUCAAUUAGAUACUGCUUUUAAAUUUUCUGAUCAUGUAGCCUUGAGAAUGAAUAAUUUGGUCGCUUUUCGUGAGAUUUCUGCGCAUCUUGUACGACGUCUUACUAUGGCACAAAAGCUUGGCUCAACUUUUCAUGCUGCUGAGUGUUUAAAAAAUCUUUGUUAUAUUGAUCUCUCUAGAAAUCAACUAGAUGAUUGUGAAGUGAAACUUCAAGGACUUGAACAUAUGCUCCAGUUGGAAACGUUUGAAGCAUCAACGAGAAGAAAAAACUCACCAAGUAUCAAUGUUUAUAGUGAAGUUUCACCGAGCAAAAUGGUUGAACCAGUUCGUGAUAUAUUUCAAAAUGAUACUUCUCCUGUUCUUGCAAAGAAAAUUUUCAUUUCGCCAGAUUUUAUGGACCACGAUAGAAAAUGCAGAUGCUUCCAAUGCUGGAAUACUUGUUAUCAAAAUUUAGUAUUUUCUUGUACAUAUAUUAGAGCUCAGUUAUAUGCAUUACAAGGGCAAAACGAGAAUGCACUUCAACAUUUUUAUGGAGCAUUCCAGAUAAUCCGUAAAUUAUUAGACUUUUCCAAAAAUCGUUACGGACAUGAGUUUGAAUACUACAAUGUUGUGGAAUAUAUUUUAUUUCUCUUGGAUCUUUUCCAAUUUUUUGUACAUUCUUUAUUUAUUGAUCCUCAGGAAGUAUUAAGUAUAGUGUUUCAUGCUAUUGAGAUUUGUGAGAAAUACGGUAUAAUAAAUCAUCCUGUUUAUUUUAAUGCAAAAGAGCUUAUCUUUGAAUAUCAAUUCCAAAGUAUUUUUAAUGAAGAUUUUUAUUCGUCAUACGUUGUACCAGAUAUUAAUACUUUUGAAAUAAAUAAUAUUCAUGAAGUCAGCCAUGAAAUAAUAGACUGCUAUACACCUGCCCGUCAAGUUGAUCAAAAAGCUAUAAGGCCACGGAGAAAAACACCACCAGUUAUAUCACUUGAUAAUGCUUUUGUUGAUACGCUCGAAGAUGAUGAAACUCGUAUCAAGUUGCUGCCGUUAAUUGACAAACCUAAAGAAAAAAAAGAGGAGAAAAGUCUGUUGAAAGUCAGACCUAUUCGAAGAAAACUUUCAGAUACAGAAUAUUUAAGUUCUGAUGGCAGUUCAGAUUCACAUCAAUCUGAUAUAACUGAAAAAUUAGUAUCAGAAAAAUCAUCAACGUCGAAAAAAUCUACGACUAUUAACCAAAAGAAAGAAAUACUUACUUGUAAAUCUGAACAAUGUAAAUCGAAGAAGACUCAACCAAUGACAUCAAAUGUUAAUUUGAAAAUUUAUGACGACACUAAUAACAAAGAACAAAGUAAGAAAUCAUCGUCACGGGUUAAAAGAAAUACUCGAAAAUUGAAUGAAGUUGCAAUUUCAGUAGAAAAAAAGGUAUCUCAUGAGAAGAAUAAAGAAAUUGAUGAGAUGGCAGACAUUUUGGAAGAAAUAAAAAUAACUGAAACAAGUUUAAAGACCAGAAGUCGAGGAUCUAAUAGUAAUGAAUCUAGUACAAAGGAAAAAGGUAGCAGUUCUAGUUCUACAAGUUUAACAAGAACACAAAAACUAUCGGAGAAAACGAAAAAAGAGAUCGUAGCAGAAAGUGAAGAUGAAGUGAUUGAUGCAAGUUAUGUGGAAGUGAGACGCUCGAAAAGGAUUAAUAAACAAGCCUCAAUAAGAGGUAAAACGAAUUCAGCAAGUGUUCUAGAGCCAAGAAAUUCUUAAAGUCGAUUAAUUAAUCAAUUAAUAUAUAUUUUUGUAAACAAGAAAUAUUUCUUAUUUUGAUUUCUGUAAAAAAAAGGACAAAGGAGUUUGUGUUUUUAUAAUUACAGUGGGUAAAAAAAUAAAUGUUUCAAUAAAAUUAUUAGAAAAUGUUUAUUAAAAUAUUUUGUAUAUACAUCUCGAUAGAAAAAGAAAUGAUAAAUCUAACGAGAUAGAAGAACUUCAGUAAGAUUAAUUGUACACUUCCUGAAACUUAGAUAUUUAUUAAACAUGGCAUAAAUAGUAA